GGAAUUAAUUGGAAUUAACUUUUUAUUUAAUUGAAAGAAAAUUGUAAGAGUAAAGAACUCCAGUAAAAUGUCGACUGAAAUAGAAACGAGCUUACUGGUGAUUGUGCUGGAUGUCAAUCCGAUGCAACGAUUAGUAAAGCAAGAUAUAAAGAUAUUGUCGCAUUGGGUGGACUCUACAAUCGUAUUUGCCAACGCUCAUCUCAUGCAGUCAUCUAAUAAUGAACUGGCGAUAAUGGCGUGCCACGGUCACUGCGCUAAAUUUCUCUAUCCCUGUGAGAACGUAUCCGAAAUAAGACAGAUAGAUGGCCAAUAUGAGAAAUUUACCAUGGUAGAGCGAACAGUGCGCCAACAAUUGCAGCAGGUCAUUAAUGAGAUCCCAAUGGAUGUUCCAUUGAACACAGAGAGUCUCAUCUCUGGUGCACUUAGUAUGGCAUUGUGUUAUAUUACCCGGUUGGAACGAGAGAAGGUUGCAGGUCAAAAAUUAUAUCCUAGGAUAUUAGUGAUUACUGCCAGUAAUGACUCAGCCACACAGUACAUGAACUACAUGAACAUAUUCUUCACUGCACAAAGAAUGAAUGUCAUUUUGGAUGUAUGUAGUCUAGACCAGGAACUGACACUUUUGCAACAAGGUUGUGACAUCACUGGUGGCAAUUAUUUAAAAGUACCACAGCUUGCUGGAUUACUGCAGUAUUUACUGUGGGUUUUCUUGCCAGACCCCAAUGUCAGAUCGAAAUUAGUUCUUCCUCCGCCAGUUAAAGUGGACUAUAGGGCAGCAUGCUUUUGUCAUCAAGAACUUAUUGAUAUCGGAUAUGUUUGUUCCAUAUGUCUGUCAAUCUUCUGCAAAUUCAGUCCGAUAUGCACUACUUGUCAAACGGUAUUCAAGAGGCCAGAACCUGCACCAAUGAAGAUGAAGAAGAGGAAAAAGAAUGUAGAUAUCGUCCAUUAAUCCUGUAUAUUUUACACAUAGCAAUUACAUUUUGUAAAUAAAAGCAAUUUUAUACU